GUCCCAUUCAUCGCGGUCCAAGCGCAGAGCGCCGCUUUAAGCGGGCCUGACUGAAAGGCGAAGCAGGGGAGGGGAGCUCGGGGUGGCGGGGAGAGGGGGGUCCGCAAAGGAGAGAAAGGGGUACUGGGAACGUCUCCCCCCCCCCGGCGUUGAUGAGAGCGGCGACGCGGGAACUGGAAAGAAAUUCAUAGUUCGCGAGCGGUCAGGCGGUCCGGGGGCCAUCUCUCUAGUGCGCGGGGCGGUUGAGGCGUAGGAGGUCCUUGAGCCACGCUUCCUGUCCCUCGCGCCUGCGCACUGGCCUCCUAGAAAGAGAGUGGGGUGGAAAGGGGAGAGGGAACGCGGGGACCGGAAGUGGAGGCCGCUUUCCUUGGUCGCCGCCGCUGCCGCCACCAGACGCGUUUCUUCCCCGCUCAGCUCCCAACUCUGGAUCCGGCGUCUUCAUCGUCCCCCGCCGCUCCCUGAGUCUCCCCCACCCGAGCUUUCCCAGAGCCCCUGUAGAGACCCCUGCCCCUGCCCCAGCCAUGGCAGAAAAUGACGUGGACAACGAGCUCCUGGAUUACGAAGACGACGACGUGGAGACGGCCGCGGGGGGGGACGGAGCCGAGGCCCCUGCCAAGAAAGAUGUGAAGGGUUCCUACGUCUCCAUCCACAGCUCUGGGUUCCGUGACUUUCUCCUCAAGCCAGAGCUGCUCCGGGCCAUCGUAGACUGUGGCUUUGAGCAUCCGUCCGAAGUCCAGCAUGAGUGUAUUCCUCAGGCCAUCUUGGGAAUGGAUGUCUUGUGCCAGGCCAAGUCAGGCAUGGGAAAGACAGCUGUGUUUGUGCUGGCCACGCUGCAGCAACUGGAGCCAGUCACUGGUCAGGUUUCUGUGCUGGUGAUGUGUCACACUCGGGAGCUGGCCUUUCAGAUCUGCAAGGAGUACGAGCGCUUCUCCAAAUACAUGCCUAAUGUCAAGGUGGCGGUGUUUUUUGGUGGUCUAUCAAUAAAAAAGGAUGAGGAGUUGCUGAAGAAGAACUGCCCACAUGUUGUCGUGGGGACCCCGGGCCGUAUCUUAGCCCUGGCCCGAAAUAAGAUCCUCAAUCUCAAACACAUUAAACAUUUUAUCUUGGAUGAGUGUGACAAAAUGCUCGAACAGCUCGACAUGCGUCGGGAUGUCCAGGAAAUUUUCCGCAUGACCCCCCAUGAGAAGCAGGUCAUGAUGUUCAGUGCCACCCUGAGCAAAGAGAUCCGCCCUGUCUGCCGCAAGUUCAUGCAAGACCCAAUGGAGAUCUUCGUGGAUGAUGAGACGAAGCUGACGCUGCAUGGGCUGCAGCAGUACUACGUGAAGCUGAAGGACAAUGAGAAGAACCGAAAGCUCUUCGACCUCCUGGAUGUUCUGGAGUUCAACCAGGUGGUGAUCUUCGUGAAAUCUGUGCAGCGCUGCAUUGCCCUGGCCCAGCUCCUAGUGGAACAGAACUUCCCGGCCAUUGCUAUCCAUCGUGGGAUGCCCCAAGAGGAGAGGUUGUCCCGGUAUCAGCAGUUCAAGGAUUUCCAGCGUCGUAUUCUUGUGGCCACUAACCUGUUUGGCCGGGGCAUGGAUAUCGAACGAGUAAACAUCGCCUUCAACUAUGAUAUGCCAGAGGACUCAGACACCUACUUACACAGGGUGGCUAGGGCAGGCCGGUUUGGUACAAAGGGUUUGGCCAUCACAUUUGUAUCAGAUGAAAAUGACGCCAAAAUCCUCAAUGACGUCCAGGAUCGCUUCGAGGUCAACAUCAGUGAACUGCCCGAUGAGAUAGACAUCUCUUCCUACAUUGAGCAGACUCGGUAGAGGCCUUGGCCUGUCCCUGGAGUAUGAUACCCUCUCCCUCCCCAGGAGCCGAACGCUCGGGCGUGGGGAUGAAGGAGACACUACUGCCACCUACCCCCAGCCUCCCCGCCCCAGCGGCCCUGUUCACGUCAUCCCCCCAAUUUCCUUAUUGAUUUGUCCUGUCGGAUUUUUUUUUUAACAAAACUAAAAAUGAGACAAAAAAGUGU